GAUAAACAAAAUAUUAAGCGACAACAAGUUCAUUUAAAGAUCCAGAUAUAUAAACUACACAUCCGCACCGCGACAAUCAACUAUCUGCUCCUCUACACCAACGACCUCGCAAAAACAAAGAAAAAUGGCUUUCUCUGGAAAGGUAGCUCUUAUCACCGGCGGGUCCAAGGGCAUCGGUCGCUCCGUCGCUGAACAACUUGUCGCACAAGGAGGGAAAGUCGCAAUCAACUACUCCUCCGACUCAACAGCUGCAGACGAGGUAGUCAGCAGCCUGGGUGCCGAUAAUGUCCUCGCCAUCAAGGCCGACGCUGGAUCCAUGAGUGGUGUGAACUCCAUGGUCGAGCAGACAGUCGCCAAGUUUGGCAAAAUCGACAUUCUCGUUCCGAAUGCAGGAAGCAUGCCGCUUGCCAACUUGGAGUCGUUGACAGAGGAGCUUUUUGACAAAGUGUAUGCACUGAAUGUCAAGGGACCGUUGUUUUUGGCCAAGGCUGCUGUUCCACACAUGCCCUCUGGAUCUCAUAUCAUUUUUAUCAGCACAUCCCUUUGCCAUUCUAGCACGGUCAUGCCUAUCCACCUUGCUUACUGUUCCACUAAAGGCGCAAUUGAGCAAAUGACUCGAAUUCUCUCCAAAGAUCUUGCUCCUAAAGGAAUCGUCGUCAACGCUGUGGCUCCCGGCCCCACUGCGACGGAACUGUUCAUGAGGGGUAAACCCGAUGCGAUGGUUGAGGCUAUCAAGAAGCAAUCUCCAUUCAAUAGGCUAGGGGCUCCAGAUGAGAUUGCUGAAGCAAUUGUCUAUCUGUCGGGGACGAAAUGGGUUGCCGGACAGACCUUGAGAUGUAACGGAAGCAUGGUUUAAGUUUAUCUGGGGACGUUUUGGAUUGAAAUUUUAUAUUUUAAUGGUAUUAGCUGGAGCAUGAUAGAAAUAACUAAUCGAAUUUCACUACAUAUGUAUAAGAUUUUAGUAAUAUAUUAUUCAGCAAUAAGAGUUUACAUAUCAAUUGAU